CUGCCCCUCUGUUGUGUCUAUUUAUAAUGUCCAGACACAGUGCAGAGGUUAUUCAGAUGUGCCAGCAAAAACAAGGUGACAGGAACAAAGGGUGAAGAUCAGAAAGAUGCCUGUGGGCCAUCAUAAGCAUUGUGACAAGUGUUACAAUGUCCACUGUCAAGUCCCGGUGCAGAUUUCUGUCUCAUGCAUGGUCAUCAAGUGUCAUAAAAACUGUGGCGCCACCCUUCAUAUGUGCAAGCAAGAGGAGCACCAGCUACUCUGUCCCAAUGAGACAGUCCCUUGCCUCAAUGUUGACUAUGGCUGUCCUCUCAUCAUGCAUCGCCAUAGGCUGGCCAGACACCUGGAGGUCUGUCCUGCCAGCGUGGUCUGCUGCUCUCAGGAGUGGAACCGCUGGCCUGUUUCAGAAACUGAUCUGACCUUCUACAAAAAUGUUUCAGAAAACCUUCAAACUAAGGUAAAUCUUGAUGUUGCGAUGGCUCUCAGGGACCAAGAGCUGCUGUUUCGAUCCAUCAAAAUGAAGAACAUUUUCCCUGAGUUGAUGGGGGAGGAUCCUGCCCUUCAGGAUGUUUCUGCUGGGGUCAACAGUCCUGCAGAGGAAGCAACCUGUUCUUUAGUUUGUGGUGAAUUUACAGAAAAUGGCUGCACAAGGAUGAAGGAAAAAGAGCUGAAUCAAGAGGAGAGGGAUGCUUUGGCACAGAGCAGAGACGUGGAUAGUAUUCAGAACUACAGCUCCUGGGAGAAAAUAUUCAAGAAGGAGAUGGAGGGAUGCAAGCAAACUGUCAAAAACCUGAAUAAGAAGGAGGCAAAAGGAAAGGAAAAGGAAGAGCAAGAAUCAUCAAACUGUCAGCAGCAGACAAGAGACUCACACCUGAGCCAAGAGAAUGCUACUGCUCCUCCUAGCACGUAUGGUGCAACUGGUCUUGCACCAUGGCAAGACGGGGUCCUUGAGAGGUUAGGCAAGGAAGUCAACAUUGCUGAAUAUAACAUGUAUCUGGUGCACAAUGGGGCAAUGUUGAUUAAUUUUGGCCAACUUCCUGCUUGCACCCCGAGAGAAAAGGAUUUUGUUUAUGGGAACCUGGAACCCAUCGAGGUUCAAACUGUCCGCUCGUUUAAUGUUCCUACGAGCUAUCGAGCAAAGCGUAGUCACCUGAAGGACCCUGCACACAAACCCAAGACCGCACACCAGAGUGUUGACACUGCAGAUUUGGGCGUGUCAGUUGAGGAUCUUCCGAAGGAUGACGAGGUUAGCGCCACACUCCUGUGCUCCCUGGAAAAGGAACUGAAAGGACAUUUAAUUUCAGAGAGUGUGUCAACAGAUGGCCUUUAUGUAGAUAUUGGAACACAAACAUACAAUUUUGCCUCUGCGCCCUUCAAAACAGAUGCAUCGCUUGCUGAUGUCAUGGCAGACAAACCUCAUGGUCUUCAUGUACAUGUCGAAGCAGAAUCUGUCACCAGAAGACAUAACAAAACAAGUUCAGCCUUCAGCUACAUGUGUGGCCAUUUCUUUCGCCGUGAUGAAUACUGCUCUCAUUUCAGGAAUGUGCACUCUGACAUACAGGCCUCUCUAAGGGGCUGGUUCCAACAACGCUGUCCCUUAGCUUACCUCGGCUGCACUUUCACCCAGACGAGGUUUCAGCCUGCAGGUCACCAUGCUACAAUUAAAUUCUGCCAAGAUGUCAGCGCCUUUGUCCUCCAGCCAGAAGUCCCUUCCCUCUGUGAAGGCGGGAAAACCUUCAGCCCUCAGAAAAAUGGUGCAAAUAAUCUGGAUCCCCUGAGCAGCCUGCCCCUGGAGAUCCUUCAACACAUUGCUGGUUACCUUGACAGCCUUACAUUAUCUCAGCUGUCCCAGGUCUCCCAUCUGAUGAGAGAGGUGUGUGCCACAUUGUUGCAGGAGAGAGGGAUGGUCUCCCUCAAGUGGGUGAAAAAGACAUAUUCCCACGAGGGAAGCUCCUGGAAAUGUCGCAAGAAAGUUUGGGAGUUCAGCUCUCUGUUUUCCUCUGUGGACAGAUGGCGAUUCAGCAAUACUCCUUCCAUGUCAGAUCACUUGAAAACCUGCUCCUUCUACCAGAGAGAGGAGCGCACUGAGCCAGUGGCUUUAGCCUGCCUGGGAGAGGUCAGAGACAAAUAUGCAGAAGUAAAGCAUAAAAGAUAAUGCUCAUGGUCCCAGAGCUGUGGGCGGACCACAACCCGAGCGAUGCCAUGUUUAGAAUCAGUCAGACGUGAUAUGUAUGCACCCACAAAACUGUAAAGUGGAUAAAGCCUACUUCUGUACAGCUACUGUACAGAAACAGAAGGGAAACUGUGUGCUGAAGCCCUGCAGACAAAUGUGCAUAUAUGAAGAAUUCACAUUGGCAUACACUGCAAUUUCUGAAGAUUUUGAUGUGAUUUACUCAACCUCUAUUUUCUUGUAACAUCUCCUCAAAUCAUUUUGCCUGUAGGUAGGCAAAAUACUUCAUGAUAGAUCUAUUUAUGCAGCAUUUGUAAGAGUUUAUUGAGAGAAGAUGAAACUUAAAUUAUCCCUUUGAGAACAUUAAAUUCACAAAUGUGUUGAGAUGGUGUUUGAGAGAGGUCCUCAUAUUCUCUAAUAUCAGAUUAUUUGCCUUUGUUUAGAAUACUGAGCUGACUAGUGCUGUUUGUUCCAUCUUAUUUCAUUCUUGUGGUGAAAAGCAUUAUUUCAAAGAAAUGAGGGCAGCAGAUGCAGCUGUUUUCAACAUGACAAGACUGACAUCUACUGGAGAAAAGCUGAAGUACUUCAUCUGUGUGGACGCAUAAAACAAGUUUUGGUAUUUCAAUGCUGAACACAAUAUCACAUGUCCUAUAUGUCAUAUUAGAUUAAACACAGCAGUGCAUGCUUCAUGAUGAGAACACUGACAACUUUGUUUCUAAUUUAGAAAGGAAAAUGCAAGGACUGUGAUAUAUGUGUGACAUUAUACACUGUAUAAUAAAUCUGACUUGCA